AAGAGGCAGAGAAAAUCUCUGUACACAGCAAAGCAUACUUGAAAUGGAGAAAGGAGCAUAAUCGAAUGGAAAAUAGAGACAGCAUUUUAUAUGGAUUUACUUAACUGGUCCUGUGGUAGUAAGAAUAGUAAUUUAUGAAUUAAGGCAUCAAUGGAUACACAAAACCAGUCUAAACGGCAACAACAGCUCAGACAGAAUUACUGCGUCUCACAAAAAUUGAACUGAACCUUCUGCAAACUUUACAAGUGAAGAACCAUGAAUGGUUCAUUGCUUUUUGUUUCAAGCAUUAUCAUACUGGUAGAUGUGGUGACCAGCUGUCCCUUCAAAUGUCUGUGUCAUCCAAAUUCAAGGACAGUGGACUGCAGAAAUCAAGGCCUUGCCAAAGUUCCUUCCUAUUUACCUGCUGAAACUCAAAUAUUACUUUUGUCAAACAAUGGCAUUCAGAAACUCAGUCAAAGGACUUUUAGGGGCACCCAGACUCUCAAAAUUCUGGACUUAUCAAACAAUUCUAUUUCAGGUUUACUACCUGAAACAUUCAGAGAACUAGAACAUUUGCAGAUUCUAAAUCUAACAAACAAUUUCAUUGACUAUGUAGAUAAUAAGACUUUUAGCUCUCUACCCCACCUAAGAGCACUGGAUUUAUCAUCAAAUUAUAUAUCGAGGCUUCCUAGAACUUUAGGAAACAAGACAGAAAACAUUACUUUAUUGUCUCUGAAAUAUAAUCAUCUUCAGGAAGUUGACAGACUUCUGUUAGAAUCACUUCCAAAUCUGAAAAUGAUUCUUUUCAAGGGUAAUUUCUGGCAAUGUAAUUGUCAAGCCUUUGGUCUUAAAUUAUGGCUGGAAACCUUUCUGUACAACGGAGGAAUUAGCGAUGAAAUCAUCUGUUCAAUCCCUGAAAAUCGGAAGGGAAAAGACCUGCUGAAAAUUCCCUAUGAGUUCUAUGGGACCUGUUUUCCUACAGCUUCUCAAGGUCACCAAGUCUAUUGGCAUCACAAUUCUAGGCAGAAAGGUUCUGCAAAGCACACUCAUCCCAGUGAAUAUGGAGGAAACAGCACCCACAUAAACUGUGAACGUAAAUCAAAGCCACGGCCAGUUAACUUGCGUCAUUCAGUUGUCACUGUGGCUAUAACUGGUGUUGUUUGUGGGAUUAUAUGCCUCAUGAUGUUGGCUGCUGCAGUAUAUGGCUGUGCCUAUGCAGUAAUUACAGCAAAAUAUCACCAGGAAAAUUCAUAUCCUGGCAAGGAGAAGGGGAGCCAUGAAGAAAAAGAGCCAUUUGAGAAUUCAUUGGCUUGAGUUUCUGAUGGCUCUGAACUGCCUGAAGGAAAUUCUUUGGUUAGUUGUGGUUCCUCUUUUCUCUAGAAACAAGAAGAGUAUUGAAAUAGGUCUAAUGUAUCCUGAGGACUGAUUUCCUUGGUACAGGAACAUUUUUUUCAAUGCAGGAAUAUUGUAAUAUGUGAUGUUUUAUAUUUACCUGGUUCAUUUGUAUAAUUUAAUCCUGUUUACAUAUGGUAGGAUUGUAAAAGUUGAUUAACUAAUUGGAGCAACGUAUAUGCUUAGCAAAACAAAUAAGCAAAUUUACCCUGGCUUGACUCCCCUCCCCCGUAUUCCAGAGUGUUUUCAAAAGGGGCUAUGCUAGAUCAACUAUAUAUUAUAUAAAAAUGGGGUUAACGGAUAGAUAGCAAUAGAGACAGAAAUAUUAGAUGUUCUCUCCAUCCCCAUGAAUGGUCUUUAAAACCUUUGUUCUUGACCUCUAAAAAAAACCUAUUGAAAGUAAAGAUGAAAUCCUGUUGGUUCCUUUCAACUACUUUUCUAAAGCCUUUCAUAAAUAAGUUUGAAAAGAGUUUGAGGUUCUGCUUGAGAUCUCCUACCAAACUUCUAGUUUAAUCCCCAAAUCACAGCCUAGAAGAGAGACAUGAUAAUAGCCAUAAAUGAAUCCUAAAAUGAAAAUUCAAUAUAGAUUAUUAUAAAUACCCUGUACCACAAAUACAACUCUGAUGGGAUACCAAGAAUAGAAAUAUCCUAAGGAAUUUGCCUAUGAAAUAUGUGAUGGAUUAAAUAGGUUUAUUUAUUUGCAUUUUUAUUUAUUCCCUCCAAGAAACUUUGAAUUCUUCAAUCCUAAAUUUACUUUAAUCACUCUAUCUUGCUAGUCUUUAAAACUCUAGCUUAUGCAUAAUUGAAAAAAAUAUGAUAUGGGGAUUUGAAUUAAUAACUUAUUUUAUUGUUGUUGAUCUGUGAUAAUUAUUACAGUACAGAUUUUGUUCAUACUACUGUUAACUGGAUACUACCAAA